GGACCCGAGGGUGUGCGGCGGGCGCUCGGAGGAGGGGGCGCGACCCGAUCGACCGGUGGCCCCCGCCUGCCCGCCGAGUCGUACGCCACCGGGGAUUCACCUCGUGCUGCCAACAGCCUAAACUUUCGCCGUCCCGCACCACUACCCGGAAAGUAGGGCUCCAGUGUCUUUCCUCGCGUGGGGGCCCUUUACUAGGACAAACACUGGACGGGGGUGUAUUGGGCGGCUCGUGCAGUGCCGGCUUCCGUCGGGAACCCCCCGCACCGUCUUCCCUGUGACUUGGUAAAGGUCAGCGCACGCUCCUCCUAAGGCCCCCACGAAGACCCUCCUGAAUCCCGGUGGGGACCGUGGCGGCCCCUCCUCCUCCCGGCGGUCGUGACCCGUCGUGGCCGUGUCUCGGUUUCCUUCCCAGUCUGCACUCCUGCGGAAUGGGCUGUGGGAAAGGAGGUUAGCAAUCAAAUGCUGCGAUUUCACCGUCCGUCGUUUUAGCAGAGCUCGGUUUCGCUGGUAAUCGAAUGCCGUCCCAAAUGGCCGGGUCGGGGGCACCUUUCACAGGGCGGCCUGAGAGUGUUCCUUUCCUUUGUUUCCUGUUUUAAUUGCUCUGAGAAGGAAGGCUAAGGAUCUUUUUCAGUGGUUUCCCUCUGCCCUCCUGCAGUAGACCCUCUCGGCUGGUCAGGGAGUCGCCUGCCUAGGUGCCGGCCUCUGGCCUCCCGGUGGUCUAAAGCUGGGGCUCUGCACAGGCCAGCGUAGACUCGGGGGGGGGGGGGGUAGAGGAGGACUCCCAGAGCCGGGCAAGUGAACUGUGUGCAGUGGGCUCCUGUGCCUGCCCGCCCGGCUCGUGUCCCAUGGGAGGCAGCCGCUGUGACUAGGAAAGGUACCAGGAGCUCGCUUCCACAGGUCAAAAACAAGCUCGGCUCUACAUUUUCAAGAGCUUAUUGGAUCACCAGGAAGAGACCCCUCCAGCCAGGACGAUGUUUGCCCGAGGGCUAAAGAGGAAGUGCGCUGACGGUGACGAGGACAUGGAGGGCGCUUUGGCCAGCCUACAGCGGCAGUCGCUUCUGGACAUGUCUCUGGUCAAGCUGCAGCUGUGCCACAUGCUGGUCGAGCCCAACCUCUGCCGCUCGGUCCUCAUAGCCAACACCGUGCGGCAGAUUCAAGAAGAGAUGACCCAGGAUGGGACUUGGCGGGUGAUGGCGCCCCAGACUGCAGGACAGGCGCCGCGGGACCGCCUGGUGUCCACGGAGAUCCUGUGUCGCGCAGCCUGGGAGCAGGACGGGGAGCUCCCUGCCCCUGGCUCGGCCGACGGCGACGCACCAGACCUGGUGUCCCAUUUGUGUGGGGCACCGAGUGCACCGGCCCCAAGGAGCACACAGGGCUGUGUUUGGGACGUGGACGGCCCUGGGGAGGACAGGGGGAGCUUGCAGAAGUCUCUGGAUCAGAUAUUUGAAACACUGGAGAGUAAAACCCCCAGCUCUGUGGAAGGGCUCUUUGGGGACAUGGACAGUCCCUACUACGACCUGGACGCUGUGCUGACCGGCAUGGUGGGCAGCAAGGCGGGCCACGGCGACGGGCUCGACACCUUGUCCUCUGCGGCCGCCCCGCCCCCGAGCUCUGGCUGCAAGUCGGACCUGGGUGAGCUGGACCACGUGGUGGAGAUCCUGGUGGAGACCUGAGCCGGCUGCCUCGCGGGACAGGGGGACGUGUCACGACCCUGCCGCCCGACCCGUCAGCCUCUGCUUUGUCUGUGAUUACCAGCCGGGCUGGGGCAGCAUCCAGUCUGCCCGCCGCCCUCUCCCCUCCUCUCUCUUUCGGGGGCAGGGCGGUUUCCUGCAGGCGGGUCGCCCGCCCGGCCCGGCCUGACCAGCCAGCCAGCCCUGGCCCUUGUCCUCUCUGAGUCGCACCACAGCUCCGUGGAGGAUGUGAGCCGCCAGCUGCAUCCAGCUUCAUUUAACUUUAGAUAGGUGAAUUUUUUAAAUUAAGUUUUAUAUGUUUUGGGCAAUAUUUGGCUUGAGAUAUAUUUUUUAAACUUUUUAUACUUUUAUCUCUAGAUUUUUUUCAGCUAUUUUCUUAAAAGUGUAUUUUUUCUAGAAACAUCCUCUGCUGCUAAUUAGAAACGUCCAUAACCCGAACACUUGCAGUCGG